GCCCCCGCCGCUGUCCAGCCGCUCCGCAACCCCUGCGCCCCGCGCGGCCGCCUCGCGCGCCAUGGAUACCCCCCGGGUCCUGCUCUCCGCCGUCUUCCUCAUCAGUUUCCUGUGGGAUUUGCCCGGUUUCCAGCAGGCUUCCAUCUCCUCCUCGUCCGCCGAGCUGGGCUCCACCAAGAGCGUGAGGAGCCGCAGGGAAGGGAAGGUGCCGCGGGCGCCGCGAGAGAGCGCGGCGGGCCGGGCGCCCCAGGAGCGCCGGGAGCCCCAGCCGGGGCGGCCUGAGGACGAGCCCGCGGCUCAGGAGCCGCCCGGCCGGGGUCCGCGCGUGGUGCCCCACGAGUACAUGCUGGCCAUCUACAGGACUUACUCCAUCGCCGAGAGGCUGGGCAUCAACGCCAGCUUCUUCCAGUCUUCCAAGUCAGCGAACACGAUCACGAGCUUUGUGGACAGAGGACUAGACGAUCUCUCACACUCUCCUCUCCGGAGACAGAAGUAUUUGUUUGAUGUGUCCACACUCUCAGACAGAGAAGAGCUGGUGGGCGCGGAGCUGCGGCUCUAUCGCCAGGCGCCCGCUGCGCCCUGGAGGCCACCGGCCGGGCCGCUGCGCGUGCAGCUGUCGCGCUGCCUGUCGCCAGAGCCGCUGGACGCGCGCACCCUGGACCCGCAGGGGGCGCCCCCCGCCGGCUGGGAAGUCUUCGACGUGUGGCAGGUUCUGCGCCACCAUCACGGGAAGCAGCUGUGCUUGGAGCUGCGCGCCGCGGGGGUCGGGCCGGACGCCGGGGAGGGCGAGGCGCGCGCGCGGGGACCCCAGCAGCCGCCGCCCCUGGACCUGCGGAGUCUGGGCUUCGGCCGCAGGGUGCGCGCCCCGCAGGAGCGCGCCCUACUCGUGGUAUUCACCAGAUCCCAGCACAAGAACCUGUUCGCAGAGAUGCGUGAGCAGCUGGGCUCCGCCGAGGCUGCGGGCGCCGAGGGGUCCUGGCCGCCGCCAUCCGACGCCCCGGAUGCCGGCCCGUGGCUGCCCUCGCCCGGCCGGCGACGACGGCGCACGGCUUUCGCCAGCCGCCACGGCAAGCGACACGGCAAGAAGUCGAGGCUGCGCUGCAGCAAGAAACCCCUGCACGUGAACUUCAAGGAGCUGGGCUGGGACGACUGGAUCAUCGCGCCCCUGGAGUACGAGGCCUAUCACUGCGAGGGCGUGUGCGACUUCCCGCUGCGCUCGCACCUGGAGCCCACCAACCACGCCAUCAUCCAGACGCUGAUGAACUCCAUGGACCCCGGCUCCACGCCGCCCAGCUGUUGCGUGCCCACCAAAUUGACUCCCAUCAGCAUCCUGUAUAUCGACGCGGGCAACAACGUGGUUUACAAGCAGUACGAGGACAUGGUGGUGGAGUCCUGCGGCUGCAGGUAGCGGUUCCUUCCCCGCUGCCUUGGCCCCGGACCGCGGGGAGGCCUGACUGCAGCGAGGCGGAGGAGUGAAGCUGGCCUCGGAGAGGCUGGGGGUGGGUGGGUGGCAGCCGGGACGGGAGAGCGGGCGGGAGAGGAGGGGCACAGCCGGCCCAGACCUUCCACCUGCCAGCCCCGAGGCAGAUGCGGAUUCACACUUUGCCUGGCCACCCUGGAGCGACAAGAGGAGGAUUUCUUUAGUCCGUCCCCCCACCCCUUAUUAUUUUGGCUUUGGAUUUCUUUGUGUGUCUCCCAGGUUUGAUGAGAGGUGGGGGGGGGAAGGGAGACGCAUACCUGUUUCUCAACUGCUCCAUGAACUGGAAAACAAAGUUUAAAAAGGGAAGCAAUGUGGGAGAAGGAAUCAGUGAGCGUAUCUGGGCUUAGCUGUUUCCACUUCUGUAAGAAGGUGAGGUCUUUCCAGCUGUGUCACAGCCCCUAUCCCAUGACGUGUCUAGGAGAGCUGUGGGAUGGAACAGGAAAGCCGGCAAGGAUCGGGUGUUUGAGGGUUUUGGAAGAGGUGGGCCCGGGGGCCUGUCCCUCUCGCUUGUGUUCCCAGGAUGGACCAACUCUGCCCUAGCUUCUCGCAGCACUGGGAACGGAGACCUCCACCACACACCAAGGGCUCCCUUCUCUCCAGCCUUUGCUGUGGCUUUUUCUGGAGGGGAGAGGGAGUUGGUAUGGAUGGAAUGACAAGAAUUAGUCCAUAUGGAGCCCCUUGCAGGAUAAUAAGAAACCGCGAGGUUGCCUCUGACCAGUGGGGAGGCACAGGCCAGAGGGAGCCCACCCUAAAGCUCUUGGAGUUGUCGGUUUCUAAUUGAUUUCUUUCAACAGAUUUUGUCAAAAUUCAGACAUCUCCUUCUAAGGGGAUGGUGAUUUUCUAAUUAAAAAGCGAAUGGGUAGGAGCGGGGAGCUAUGUAAUUAAGGUAAGAGGUAAGGACCGAAGAGGGGAAAAGGACCCAAGAAGUAGAAGGGAGGAUGGGAGCAGGCCCCAGCGGGAAGGGGAGGAUGGAGGGGGCGGCACCACCCUUGUCUCUGAAGUUUCUGAACAUCUAUGUUGCCUCCCCUCUCACUGACAUUCCUGAAAGAUUACCAGUCAGCAAUAGCCCAGGGCUCCCCUAAAAGAAUUGUUUUAGAUUGUAAUUACCGGUUAGGCCAUGUUUUUAAAACUUAGUAAUGAGAAACUGUGAAAAGAGCCAAGUGUUACAUUGAGCUUGGGAUGGAGGACUGGGGACCGGGCAGCAAGGCAAGGGGCAGGGAUGGAAUUCAUCUUCUGGAAGGAAACAGGAGACAGAGGGAGAGAGGGAGAGAAAGUGGGGAGGAGAAUAUAUAUCUAAAUAGAAACGUCCAUUCCCAGGUAGCCAAAAAUAUGAUCUUUCCCCCUAGUCUGCAGCAGUAUUAUUUUCCAACAUUGCCCAUGAGGUCUUUUGAAGAAUGAGUCUCCUCCUAAUGUCUGACCAUGAAAUGGUUUAAACAGAGGAACCUGUACAACCAUUACAAAAAAUUUUGCUUUAUCUUAAGAGGUUUGCUCUGUCCCCAGCUAAACCUGUUGCUUGUUUGGUUCAGAGAAAUCCAAACUGUCAAAGAAGAAGUGGGAAUGAUAAUAAAUGCUAAUAUAAAAAUGCUAAGUAAGAAGAAAAAGAGACUUGGCCAGGAGAAAUAAUUUAAAAUGCACAUUUGCUUUGGAUGCACUGUUGUUCUGUUAAGGCUGUAUAUAUUUGUUUAUUUAAGGUGACUGGAAGUGCAAAGAAGAAAUGGACAGCAUGCAAUUCAUCUUAAUGUACAAAACAUUAUAUGCACUCAAAUGUUAUAAUUUCUAAUAUUUUUAAAGUUUAUAUUUGAGUUGUACAAAGUUAAGCAUUAAUCAGAUAUUUCAUUCUUUCAUAAUGUUAUCAUUUUCUUAAAUAUUAUUACAAAAUUUUAAGUCUGUCUAAUGGAGAGUUUUUUUUUUUUUUGAAAAAAACUGCCUACCUCACUACAAGUAUUUACAAAAUUAAAGUUACCAGAGGUCAAUUAAUAUUCAAAUAUUUUUUAUAAUAUGCCUUUCCUGGAUGGUACUCAUUCUGAUUAAUAGUUAUUAUUAAACUCAUUUCCCCCUUCAUAACUCAGCCUGGUGUAUAUGGAUCUAUUUAGAGAAAAUUUCUUGAGGAAUUCUUUUCCAUGGUAUUUUGUUCCGGUAUGUUACUGGACAUUUGAAAAGGUACUGAUUGUUUUAAAAUCCAUCAUUUAGAGCAUUGUAUUUUUUCUUCAUAAGUUUUAAAAAUAAAAUAUGUGUUCACCAGAUUAAAGCCAAAUCCUGGUCAGCUGUUAGGACAAGAUUCA